AAAAACAGAAAAAUAGAUAAACACCAAAAGCUUUGCAAAGCCUAAAAGAAAAUGGAUGCUUCCGAAAUUAUCAUUGACUUAAAACUUUGUGAUACGUUUAAAUACUUGAUAAAUUUAGUGAUAAUUUAAAUUAGUACGAGAUGCAAGAUCACUUUUUAAAACCAGAACCAAUGGAUAUUGGCAUAUCGAUUUAGCCAGUGGAUAAGAUGAACUUUGACAAUGUAUGCUUGCCUCGUCACAAGAGGCAAUUUCAAACCAAUGACUGCUCUAGUUUACCUUACAAAACUAAGUGCCAUAUUCAAUGUUUUAUUGGAUCCAUAUUAUUCAGAAGUGGAAGUAUCAUGUACAGUUUUUUCACAUCAGUAUUUUUACAACUUCACGGCUAAAAGGCCAAGAACACAGUUAACAGGGCUGCCAAUGAACUGUGAAGUUAAACUAAUCGAAAAUAAUUUGUCUACUCCAGGUUUUCAUUUGAAACUGAAAUGCUUUGUUAAUUACUGCAUUAACAAGUUCGCUUUCAACCGACAUAUUAAAAUACCAGUUUUAGUUAUGCAUUCAAUUGAAAACUAUACCCAAAAACAAUUAAAAAAUAAACAUUUGAGAUUUCUACUUUUGGCAGUUCCCAACACUAACAAUAUUUCGAAUCACAGUUCACCGGACAAAAACUUUUUUUUUUUUUUUAAAUCUAUUUUGCAAAAUAGGAAUAGAAACAAAAGAUCCCAUGAAUCCCGCCAAGUAACAACAGAAAGCCGAAUCCCUUUUGUAACCAUAGCAAAAGAUAACUACCAAGAUUUGAGUUCCAGAAUGAAUAGACACAUGUGUCCAACGGGGUUUUAUGGAAAUAACUGUAGUGCUAUCUGCAACUGUGUCUUAUCUAGCACUUGUCACGAAGUGACAGGACAAUGUCCUGGUGGAAGGUGUUCUGUAGCAUGGAGAGGACAGUACUGCAAUCAAAGCAUAUGUCCUAUCGGCUUCUAUGGGAUAAAAUCAAACAAAUUCUGCAUAGAAAAAAAAUGUAAUUGUGGUAUAGAUCAAAACUGCGACACAAUAACAGGUCAAUGUGAAAGAAAUCAAUGCUCCAAUGGCAGUUUUUGCUUACUGCAGAGUUGUAAACGGAGGUUCUUUCCUCCAGGCUCUUGUGACAAUGUUUGCGGUUGUUGGGGCGACAGCGUUUGUAAUCCUGUUACUGGAGAAUGUAAGCCAGGAAACUGUAAAAAUCCUCGACUUCAUCAGCCACAUUGUAUCACUUUGGUAGAACCACAAAGCGAUUGGGUCACUGUGAUUGCGAUAGCUUUUUUCUUGAUAAUGAUUGUUUUAAAAACAGGAUAUUUCAUUGUCAUUAAAACAAACAGAAAAAAGUAUGCUUUUAUUAUUACAUCAGAUGUAGAUGAUGAUGUGAGAUCACAAACUUUAGUUUGAAGUUUUAGGCAUGUUAACUCAUAUCACAACCAGUAUUUUAUUAUUUCCAUGUGUACAAUUCACACAAAUACAAAAAAAAAAUACUGUGCCAUUGCAUAUAUUAAUUUAAAAUGUUUUAGAGUAUAUUGUAUAUGCAGAAACAUUCAUAUAAGAAUUUUGAUCACUUUUUUAUAACUUUAAAUCCUGUUAAUUAUUUUCAUUAAUGUUUGUUGAUUCAUCUUAAUCCAGAUCAAUAGCUAGAGGUAUAAUACAUUAAAACCAUGAUACAGCAUUUGAUUAAAGCACACAAAAAUAUACUUAACCAUGCCUUUUCAAACAACAUACUGAGAUGAUCAUCUGAAAUACUGCAUGUGUGAAUCUUAGUUGAUUUAUUAAUGAACUGAAAAAAUCCAGCUCUAAUAGGUACUUCAGAUGGGGAAAUUAAUCAGCAUUUCAUUUGAAAUUUAAGGAAAUAUCAAUUGAAUAUUUAAAAAUGUUAUGUAAUGCAAUCACAAUUUUAAGGCUACCACAUUCAAAUAGCUUUUUAGAAUUGUUUUUUUUUGAGAGUGCAAUGAUACUUUCUUAAGGUUAAAAUUUUUGUUGUCUGAUUGGGAAAAAUUUGUACUUUAAAUUUGGAGGUAUUAUCCAUACUUAAAAGAUCAAAUAACUACAAAAAGCUACUUUUCUUUGAAAUAAAUAAACAUACAGUUGUAUAUUGCACUACAAAAUGUAUUUGUUGCAGAUUCAUCAACUCUUUUGUAUUUCAUCAGCUAGAUUAUUUUUUAAUGUUAGACUUUUUUCAUGGAUUUUGAAAUUUAUACUGUUUUUUUUCAUAGAGAAAGUG